AAAAUGAGUUGGGUGUGCAACAAAUAUUCAUGGAAAAUUUGUGAAACUCUUAACAAAUAUACAGAUAAAUGUAGUGGUUGUGGUUUAAUGGUAAAGAAUGAAGAUAAAAAGAUUAUCAGUAGAAGCGCAGGCAAACAAUGGUGUUGUCCAAAAAUUUUAUUAGAAGAGUCUGGUACCAAAAAUGAUCGUUUGGAUAAGCAAUCAUUAAAAUUUAUAGAUAGAUAUAAUAAUUAUUCAAUUUUUUAUUCUAAUAAG